UAAAAACACCGCUACAAAACUUCCUCUCCCUAGUGUGUGUCCACGGACGAAUUGUAGAAGCUACUAAUAAGUAUAAAUUCCACGAGACUAUCGUAGAGCUAUAGUACUUAAGGUUUUCAGAAAAAUUCCUCUACAUUUUCUCACCUUUGUAAAAUGAAACAAAAUGAAUCACUUCAAUGCAUGAUUGUUUGGUUUUGGUGGAACAGAGGACACGGUGGACAGAAUUCCCGGUUGAGACUCCUCAUGUCGGCCUCUCCCCAUAACUAGCUAGCCGUCGCAGUCACGUGGGCCCGGGGCAUCGGCCGUGCCUGGCUUAUAUUAACGCAACGCCCUUCCCGUUCCGGAACAGGCACCCCCGUCCCGAUUCCUCCUCCUCUACUCUCACCUGCGUGGCUGCGCCACAAUUGCCAAGCUCUUCUACUCCUGUUCCUCCCAUGGAGCUCGCAGCGUCUGCUUCCGCCUCCGUCUGCUCGGCGUACCACCACCUCUCGGUGCCAGCGGCGGCCGCCGAUGCUGCUGCUACUGACCGCGGCGGCGCGCAGGAGACGACGACGACGCGGCUCGAUCGGCGGCGGGGCAAGCGUGCCGGCGGUGGCUGCGCGGGGCUCCGGCGGCGUUGCUACAAAGUGCUGAAGCAGCAGCGGACGCGGCUCUACAUCCUCCGGCGGUAUAUGCCCCCCUGCUGGAUUGGUCGGUCUUUGCGGCCGAGUGGUCCGGCAAUCUUGCUGGGCUGGUGCCUGGUGACCGGAUUGAGUGGCGCUCAAUUGGUCUUGUACUAGAGGUGCCAACCUGCUAAAUACGGAUGUUUGGGGUGCCCCCAAGCGGGGUACUGUGGCAUCUCAAAUGGAUAAGGUGGCAUGCUCCACAUUUGAUUCAGGGUAUAUGGUGAUGAUAUGUAUGUAUAUGGAUAUGGCAUAGGUAGACAUGUGAGUGGAGGUGUCCAUGCAGGUAUGUUGGGCCGUAGUUGGACAUUAUGACCUAUCGUUCUUUCCGAUUGGUGAGGUGGUACAAUCGGUCUUACCUGCUGUCGCUCUUGAGUGGGUGAGCGAGGUCGUUUCGCUGUCCGGUCACUUGGGCUGACCUUCUUUUUUACAUAUUUGGAUAAUAAUUGAUUAACGGUCAGGCCAGAUUUGACCAGCCGACCAGCUGCCUUAAAUAUAUUAGUUUUCCA